AUGGCUCCAAAGAGGAAAACACCACCGGAGACAAAUACAGCUCGGCCAUCGCGUAGUGGGAACCCGUUCAAAGACCGCAUGGGUUUGGGUGCAUAUCUUGAAGAUCCAGCCUCAUACCCAUCUUCGCGCGUCAUCUAUCACAACGAGGACUUUGUCGCUAUAAACGACCGUUAUCCAAAGGCCACAAUACACACUCUUCUUCUCCCUCGGUCGUCACAGUACAAUCUUCUCCAUCCAUUUGAUGCCCUAGAUGACCCAGAGGUCCUUGCCAAGGUGCGGACGGAGACUCGGCGCCUCAAGGUUCUGGUCGCAAAGGAACUCCAACGUCGUCUUGGCACGCACAGCGAGAGUGAUGCUCAUCGACAAGCCGUACUCGAUGGAGAUGCCGAGCCGGACCAGGGUGGUCAACUCCCGGAGGGCCGGGACUGGGCUGCAGAAGUCAAGGCCGGCGUGCAUGCGGUACCAAGCAUGAGACACCUUCACGUACACGUUUUCUCAAGGGAUAUGAUCUCUGAAGCCUUGAGACAUCGCAAGCACUACAAUUCGUUCAAUACGCCGUUUCUGGUUGAUCUGGACGACUUUCCGCUUGCAGCUGAUGAUCCGCGCAGGAACACAAAGGAGGAGGCAUAUUUGCGCUGGGAUAUGAAGUGCUGGAGAUGUGGGCUCAACUUUGGGAACCAGUUCCAAAAGCUAAAACGACAUCUUGAAGAGGAGUAUGAGACAUGGAAGAAACUUUAG